AUGUGUCUGAUACCAAUGUGUCUGAUACCAGUGUUGCAGACACCUGUCGCCAUUCUCUCUGUCUCUGUGUUUGUUGUCUGUCGCUCACUGCUGAUCUCUCUGCUUCCACAGGGCACUUUACAGAAGUUUGUGGACGACCUGUUUGAGACCAUCUUCAGCACGGCCCACCGAGGCAGCGCCCUGCCCCUGGCCAUCAAGUACAUGUUUGACUUCCUGGAUGAGCAGGCUGACAAGCACAGCAUCCAUGACCCGCAUGUCAGACACACAUGGAAAAGCAACUGCCUACCUCUGAGGUUCUGGGUGAAUGUGAUCAAGAACCCCCAGUUUGUGUUCGACAUCCACAAGAGCAGCAUCACGGACGCCUGUCUGUCUGUGGUGGCCCAGACCUUCAUGGACUCCUGCUCUACCUCAGAACACCGCCUGGGCAAGGACUCCCCCUCCAACAAGCUGCUCUACGCCAAGGACAUCCCCAGUUACAAGAGCUGGGUGGAGAGGUACUACUCAGACAUCAGUAAGAUGCCGGCCAUCAGUGACCAGGACAUGAAUGCAUACCUGGCAGAGCAGUCCCGGAUGCACAUUAACGAGUUCAACAGCAUGAGCUCCCUCAGUGAGAUCUACUCCUACGUGGGCAAAUACACAGAGGAGAUUGUGUGUGCGCUGGAGCAGGACGACGCCGCCAGGAAACAGAGACUUUCCUUCAAGCUGGAGCAGGUGGUGGCCUUCAUGAGCCUGGAGAGCUGAGGACCGCACUUCCCAGGGCGCACUGGGAGACCCGUCAGAAACCGAGCCGUGCCUGAGCAAAGACCUGUCCAUCUAUCUCUUCACCAUCGUCAUCAGCAUCAGAACUCUUCUCCGUUUCAAAGACAACACAUAUUGUCCUGUUUUCUUCCUCCUCUUCCUCCUCUUCCUGACAAGUGUUUGGCAUCUCAUCCGCUCAGCUUCAUAGGACGUGCUGAGAAGACUGGCUGACGGACUGACUGGAGGGUCGGCAGAGCUGGGGACUGCUUUUCCCACCAUGCAAUGGGAGGGCCUCAUCCCAGCUUUGCUGCGUAGAAGAGUCUGAUGGAGGGGUGGUUGUCUGCCAGCUCGCCAUAUCGGCAUAAUUUACACCUUCAUGUUGGGGGAGAAACAAACAUUCUAUUUAUGUUGCCUUUAAAAAUAACACUGAUAGCAAAGUCUUUUGCAACCACAAUGUUGGACAUCAAUUUGUUCAGACUUUCUGAAUAGGAUAUUAGUCAAUGAAACUACUACAGAGUCCAGUUAAUUGUAGUGCUAUAGUCAAG